CGAAAAUUCAUUGUGAUUAAUUAGGGCACAUUUGAGUUUUGGUGCUGAGUUCUAUGGCCGGCUUAGCGUUUCGUCAUCCUCAAUUUUCCGAGGAAUUAGCCUGGCUUCCCGCUUGGCUUCAGCCACAUCAAGUUGAAGCAUCCAAUGAAUAUCAAACCACCACCAGUCCUCCACUUAAGGAUUUGGAAAUAUUACAAAGGAACAUCUGUGAAGUAAAAGAUGCGGCUAUGCCGUCAAGUGAAGAAGGGAGAUAUAACAGUUGUCAUUUAUUCUUAUCUGGUGAAGACAAUUCACUGGUCAGUUCUGGUCCAUCUUCUGAUAAGGUCUAUCAUUUUCGUCUACACCUUUCUUCAAAUGGUGCUUCAGAAUAUACUCAAAGUGAAAUCGACGCAUCUCAAGUUCAUUGUGACUCUAUGAAAUUUCUGUCAUUGCAACAAGCUGACAUUUUGCGAUGCAUGGGACAGAAUACCAAUGUUAAUAAAGUUUUGUCAACAAGUGAAGUUGGAAAUCUAGCUGUUUCUGAGAAUACAACCAACAGUAAUAAGGUUCUACCAAUGAGACAAACAGAAAUAUCAGCUGGCUCCAGAGGUUACUCUUAUCAUUCAAAAUUGGACAAUAAUGCCACUGGUCUAAAUUUAUUAGUCCAAACUUCCUUCCCAAAAACUGUGGAAAAUCUUGAUGUUCAAUCUCCUAUACGUAACAAUGAUGGCAGGAGACAGUGUAAAGACAAACUCAAUGUCAGAUACCAUAAAUGUUCUGAUAUCAAUAAUGCAGUUGAACUCUCUAUUUCAGCAUCUGAAGCACUGGUUAUUCAUGAACUAGUGAACAGUGAGUCUGAUUCUGAAGCUUUGUCAACUGCAGCUAUACUUGAAGCUACUCUUCGAGUGAAGCAAGCGCGCUUAAAGGGCUUAGAAGAUGGGUUCAAUUAUCCAAACAGGGAAAUUGAGGAGACUGAUUUGCUUUUUGACUUGGAUGAUUUGACUAUGGCUGAUGCAUAUGAAGACGUAGGACUCUCUUUUGUUGGACCCAAUGAAAAGCUUGUUUGUAGUUCAGAUGCUUCUCUAGUCAAAGAAACUCCAUUUUCUGAAAAUCACCAUGGGUGUAACAGUGGAUUUAAACAUGUGGAUCAGAUUCAGCAAAGGAAAAUUCCUGUUGACCCAGCUUUGGGUUUAAAUGGUUCUCGUUUGGCCAGCAAUGUUGAUCACCUGUUACGUCAAUCAGCAGAGGACGUUUCACAAGUUUUCAGCGUGGCACAGGAGGAAGCAGACGCUCCUGUGCAGUUGCAGCAAAAUAACAGCAAAAGCAUUCAAAAGUUGUAUGUUAAUGAGACUAGCUUUCUAUCUGAAUCUGCAGAUGUUGCCCCAGACGAGAACUCUUUCGUACAGCAACGUGAAUUAGGUUCCAUAAAUGCUUCACAGUCUAGUGUGCCAUUUGAAGGUUCUUAUAAGAAAACUGACGAGGAAAUUUUGAUUUCUCAAAAUUUGAGCUCGCCUAUUCUAUCAUUGGUCGAUCCUCUUUGUUCUGUUGUUCCUUGCAGUGUUUCUUCUGUGAAUACCAAUUCCCGACAAACUCACAGUGAAAAUGACAUUGAUGUUAAUGCCGAAUGUGAGGUGGAGACUGUGCAUAGUACUUCAUGUUUAAAAGGUGAAUCAGUCAAUAGAGACAGGCAAGAUGUGCCAAGAGUUACUGGUGAUGUCCACGAAGCUCCUGUUCGAAGGCAGUUGACCUUACUUAAAACUUAUAGCACAAUCCCGCCCAAGGACGACACCGAGCUGCAGAUGGGGAGUUUUUGCUAUGAUAGAUUAGGCCAGUCAGAGUGUAGUGCAAAAAUCAUUUCCUUGGAACCAAAUAUGGGUGGCAUUAGGCAUCAAAAUAAUAAGUGUUCUGAAGGGUUCUUACCUUUCAAGUCUGCGUUUAAAUGUACUGUUGAUAGAGACAAGAGGGAAACUGAAAAUACUGCUGUUAUUAGUAAGAAAUUCAUAGAAACAACAAAUCACAAGAAAAGAUAUGAUGAACAUGCAAAAGAUGGGGCUGAGUUGCUAUUACCUCCUUUGAAGGAAAGUAUGCCACCUCGUAUUUCAAAUCAAUGGACACGCCGUCAAAUGUGUGCUUCCAAACUUGUUCAUAAUUGUGUUGAAAAUACAAACCUUGAAGAGGCUGCAGUACAAGAAACCACUGGUAAGCUUCAUAAGAGAAAAGAUUUUCAAAAUGAACAAUCUGAGUUCAAUAAUUCCCUUGAUAAUCAAGGUCCAGCAAGGAAGCGAGUUCGCUUCUCAGAUGUUGAAGUUGAGCCUCAGCAGAUGAAAGAUGUUCAGAAUCUACUACCUUCACACAAAGUUCACUCAAAUACUAGAGCUGGUAACAGGUCAAAGCACUCUAAUGCAUGGGUUGCUUCUCGAUUCCAGCAAGUGUUUGCAAAUGGCAUCAAGGAUGGGAAGAGAUUGAUAUUCCAAGGUAUGAAAUUCUUACUUACUGGACUUCCAAGUCGCAAGGAAAAGGAAAUUAAAGGACUAAUUCCAGAAUACGGGGGUAUGGUUCUCUUGGAUAUACCUUCUCUAAAUGCAAGGGGAAAGAGAAGUUUAAAUUCUAAUUUCCAGCAGCACCCCAUUGUUUUAUGCCAUAAGAAGCUAAAAACCAUCAAGUUCUUGUAUGGAUGUGCAGUGAAUGCCUUCAUCCUAAAAGUUAAAUGGCUUACCGAUUCAAUUGCAGCUGGUUCAGUUUUACUACCAGAAAAAUACAUGAUUCUUUCAGGCCAGGCUGAUGUGGAGAUAUCAGGAAUGGGAAAGGUAGUUUCUCAUAAUUUCUAUAAGUUAAUUUUUGACAGAGUAGGGAUCAUGCUCUAUGGGAAGAACAGUUUCUGCACCAAAUUUGCAAUAAUAUUCAAGCAUGGAGGUGGGCAGGUGUUUAAAACUCUCCAGUGGCUAGUCCAGAGUCUUGAUAAUAAAAAGAUUUUUGUUGGAGCUAUUGUGGCUGAUGAUGAAAGAAGGGCAUCACGUCAUUUGAGGCAAAUUGUGUCCGAGAGGAAUAUACCUAUGGUGUCAUCUGGCUGGAUCAUAAGGAGCUUACAUUCAGGGAAGCUCCUUCCUUUGACACAAAAUAAGCAUACUCCUUUGCCCAUUGUAAAGGAACCAGAGGUUCCAAUUUCCCUUGCAUGGAGUGAAGAGAUAUGAUAUGUACUUUUAGCAGCGUAUUAAGUCUUGGAUUCUAAACAUGCAUUCUACAUUGAAUGUCAUUCCUCCUCAUUUACUAAGUCCGUAUUAAAUAGCAAAGCAGGGUCUGCAGUGAAACUUCAAUUUGACAUCAUUCAAUCAAUGAUUUGAAUUUGAGGUUGACCAUUUAUCACUCAGGGCUGUUCUUUAACUUAUUUUGCUGAAAGAUGAACUUCCAUUCUGGACUUCUGAGCAAGGAUGACGUGGUUGUUGGUUGAGAUGGUCUGGAUUGUUGCCAUGAAGUGAACUGAAAUUGGUUGAAAUUGAUGGCUUCAAUGGGCAAGAUAUCUCCCAGUUGCAUCGCACUUGAUCUCUGGUUUUUAAAGAAGCAACCAGACUGACAAUUCUUCUCAUUGAAGCCAAUUUAGAUGAGACUUUUAUGAUCGCCAGCUGUUGAUGCCAUCUGCUAGUUUGCUUAUUCUCUUUGUCAAAAGAGCCACUAAACAAGAGCAACGAGUUCUGCUUGCAACAGCGUAAAUAGGUCCAAGACUGCAACAAGGUAGAAUUGAUGAACAAGGGUGUGCCUAUCGGGGUAAGAAUAAUUUCACAUUCUCUUUCUUGGUGAUUUAAUUUACCCUUGUAUAUGUUAUUUGACAUUGUAAUUAUAUAUGUUUGCAUAUCAGUUUGGUGACAUUCGCAUCAAGGAUUAUUUUCUCACGCUUACGCCAAGUUAAUCAUUGUUUUUGGUAGGUCAUUAGACAGAUGAUGUCACUAAGCUUACCAUUAGAGUUAAAAUCAUAAACAAAACUUCUCAUUUACACCUUUCAGGUUUUCACUUG